AUGUCUGUUUCGGGGAAGAAGGAAUUUGAUGUAAAGCAGAUCCUCAGGCUCCGCUGGCGCUGGUUCAGCCAUUCAUCCCAAGGUUCAGCUGGAGGUGGGGGCGGCGGCGUUGGCGGGGUGGGAGGCUACAUCCAGCAGGAUGGCCUGGACCACAGAGGGACCCCCGGCCAGGGUCGGCUGAAGAGUCACUCACGGGAAAGAGGUGCAGGGGGACUUCGGAAGAAUAACAGUCCUGCCCACAGUAUCUUGGCACCCACGCCAGGACCCACGCCUGUCUAUGUCAGAGGGGGUCAUCAAUCAUGGCACCAUCAGCAGAACACCAUCCAGGGUCUCCAGGUCAGCGAAGAAUCUUCAAAGAGCAGUUCCUCACCCAGCACUACAAGAAAAGUGGAAGCCAACACUGGCCAAGAAGAUGUGAAGAGCAGGACAGAGGAACCUGCAGAGGUGGAGGCCAGAGAGAGGUUGGCUCUGAGCACCUUUUCCAGAAUGACUACCAACUCCUCCGAUGAGUUUUUUCAAGCAACAAAUCAUGCAGAACAGACUUUCCGUAAGAUGGAGACGUACCUCCAGCACAAGCAGCUGUGUGAUGUCCUCUUGAUAGCAGGGGAUCAUAAGAUACCAGCUCACAGACUAGUCCUGAGUGCUGUAUCGGACUAUUUUGCUGCUAUGUUCACCAGCGAUGUGAGAGAGGCAAAACAAGAGGAAAUUAAGAUGGAGGGAGUCGAUCCAGAAGCCCUCAGAUCCCUGGUUCAUUUUGCCUACACUGGUGUCCUUGAGCUGAAAGAGGAGACCAUAGAGAGUUUAUUGGCAGCGGCUUGCCUCCUCCAGCUUUCACAAGUCAUCCAGGUCUGCUGUAACUUCCUGAUGAAGCAGCUUCAUCCCUCCAAUUGCCUGGGAAUACGCUCCUUUGCAGAUGCCCAGGGCUGUGUGGACCUGCUCAAUGUGGCUCAUAACUACACUAUGGAACACUUCCUGGAGGUCAUUCAGAACCAGGAGUUCCUGCUGCUCCCCACUGCUGAGAUUGUUAAGUUACUCUCCAGCGAUGACAUCAACGUUCCAGAUGAAGAGACCAUCUUCCAGGCUUUAAUGAUGUGGGUGAGGUAUGAUGUCCAGCAUCGACAACAAGACCUCGGAGUGCUUCUUGCCUACAUCCGACUGCCUCUUCUGCCUCCCCAGCUUCUCGCAGAUCUGGAAAACAACAAGAUGUUCUCUGAUGACCUGGAAUGCCAAAAGCUGCUAAUGGAGGCCAUGAAGUACCAUCUUCUACCUGAACGACGUCCCAUGUUUCAGAGCCCAAGAACCAAACCUAGAAAAUCCACUGUGGGUGCACUUUAUGCAGUAGGAGGGAUGGAUGCCACCAAAGGCUCCACCACCAUAGAGAAGUACGACCUGCGGACUAACACUUGGGUCCAAGUUGGAGUUAUGAACGGACGCCGACUGCAGUUUGGCGUGGCGGUGAUAGACAACAAGUUGUAUGUGGUCGGAGGAAGAGAUGGACUCAAAACGUCCAACAUGGUGGAGUGUUACAAUCCAGUAAACAAAGUAUGGUCCACCAUGCCCCCCAUGUCAACACACAGGCAUGGACUUGGUAUUGCUGUGCUGGAGGGCCCAAUGUAUGCCGUAGGAGGCCACGAUGGCUGGAGCUAUCUCAACACAGUGGAACGCUGGGACCCGCAAGCCAGACAGUGGAACUACGUGGCCAGUAUGUCAACACCACGGAGCACCAUGGGAGUCACAGCACUCAAUGGAAAAUUGUUUGCGGUAGGCGGUCGGGACGGCAGCUCAUGUCUGAGGUCCAUGGAAUGCUUCGAUCCGCACACCAACAAGUGGAGCAUGUGUGCUCCCAUGGCCAAGAGGCGUGGAGGAGUGGGUGUGGCGACAUACAACAACUUCCUGUAUGCUGUAGGCGGACACGACGCCCCCGCCUCAAACCACUGUUCUAGACUCUCCGACUGUGUCGAGAGGUAUGACCCAAAGACAGACACAUGGACCACUGUGUCCUCCCUUAGUGUUCCCCGCGAUGCAGUGGGUGUUUGCCUGCUGGGUGACAGGCUGUAUGCUGUGGGUGGAUAUGAUGGCCAGUCAUAUCUGAACACCGUCGAGUCCUACGAUGCACAGAACAAUGAGUGGACUGAGGAGGUCCCUCUCAACAUUGGCAGGGCAGGUGCCUGCGUGGUGGUGGUGAAAUUGCCUUGAGCGUUUUGUCUCACGACAGCACGGGAAAGAAAUGAGAAGAAGUAGCAAGAAGAGUGGACAAACAAAACAACAGAUCAAGGACACAUCCUUCGAGAGUCAUGAUUUUUUUUUUCUUCCUCCAGAUUUUUCUGAGGAAAACACAGACAGAGCUUUGCCCAUAAACCAUUGUUUCUAUCAUUAGUGCACACAUCGGCCCACUGGGGAGGACUCGCAUUCAGAAACUGGAAUGCGAGGCGCAUUCUCCACAUUCUCAACCGAUCAAGAAUUUUCCCAGACUUGGCUAAGCUGUAAGAAAUCAGUGCCAAGCCUUUGUUGUACUGGUUUGUUAUACUAGAUUCAUGAAAAGUUCUGUGUACGUCUGAAAGAUAUAGAUUUACAAGUUUUGAUCAAGUAAGCCUAACUGCAGGUUAGUUUACAUUUAUACAAUAACAUUUCCUAUCAGUGCCAUCACAAACAGUAUAUUUUUGGGUUUAUAUUUCCCUUUACAGCCACUCAAAUAAAAAUGUUAUAAUGCAUAGAUGUAACUAUGUAUCAGUGUCUUUCCUAAGUGAGUGGUUUGAACAGACUCUUAAACAAAAAGGACCACUGUGAACACUGGCUGAAUUGCAGAAAAAAAAAGGAAAUCAAACUUUUUCGCUGAAUAUUGUGUUUUUAGUUCUUUUUUAUUGAGCCUGUAGCUACAGAACACCAAAGUUAUUAGCUUGUCUUAGAAGUCUGGUUACGCAUUUAAUAAAAGUUUACAAAAUUGUGAAUACCGAAAAUAUAUCAUAUUGAUAUUUCACAUUGCUGUACAGAUUUUUGUGAACUUUCUGAAACUACAUUUGUGUGGAUGAACCAUGCCUAAACCAGUAUACUCUGGUGACAACAGUUAUUAUUCUUUUGUCUUUAUUUCUGGGCGUGCUAGCUGAGCGAAUGUUUUAUUUGAUUUAUAUGAUAAUAUAUCGCAAGUUAACUGUCUGUUCUGUAUAUAAUGCCUUCUGGGUCAUGUAGAUGAUCUUCACUGACAAAAUAUAAGCAUUGGAUUAACCCAGAUGAAAUGGCAAAUGGUGGCCAGGUGACACCAGCUACACCCAAACCAAUUAUCUAAGUUUGUGAGAGAAUUUCAAGUACUGUUUUACAUUUUUAUGUGAAGCACUGGAAGACUUGAUUUCCACAACACUGCACUGAUCUGACUUUGAUUACAAGUUUUAGAUUUGUAGUUGGUUGUUCUGCUCUUAAAAGUAAAACAUAGGUAAGUUGUUCACAAUGAGAACAAUUUGUAACUGUAAUUAUAACAAGUUUUGGGGGCCAAAUGUUACUUUUUAAGUUUUUAUCCUGAUUUUGUACAGCAUGCAAACCUAUGAAUAAAUAAAAUG